AUGUGGCGAAGGCCACCGAGUUUUCACUUUAUUUUUGGUGCCUCGUGUUUGGUGUCACCACGACGGCUCCUGCGUCGAAAGCGGGUUCACAAAGAGGAAGAAAAUAAACAAGUCAUCUGUGCUGGAGUUUUGUCACUUCGUACCGGAGGGAUGCCCGCAGCUCCAGACACUACUUUAGAUAAGAUAAAGGCAGAAAUUCACCGUAUGCGGGUUGAGCAGACUGCCCGUGAAGAAAGUACUACCAGUGAACCCGUUCCCACCUCUCACGGUGACAGGACCUUUAAUUACUUGGAAUUGGAUGACUGGCUUGAGGCUAUUCGUCCAAACGAGGCUUAUUACCGAGGGGAUGAUGUACUAAGUUGUGUCAAGGCAAAGGAUUAUGUAGCGAAGAAACAGCUCUUCUCGGAAGCCGAUGAAGUGUUAAGAGGCAGAAAUAGGGAGAAUACUAUUCGUUAUUUGAGAAUUGUGUACGGAGAUAUUGGAUCUGAUCAUCGGGAAGAGGUGAUGAGGUAUGCCAACACCCUGUCACAGCUAGUGGAAGAGGAAAUACAGAAGGUAACGAAUAGCAAUCAAUCUCUCUGCAACAAGGACAUUUCACUUGCGGAGGAGGGUCCCAUUUCUGGCGGGGAGGUUAAGCAAAUAGCUUGGAUCAAUGUUUUAUCGGCGAUGAGCGACACUGAGAUACGCAAAUUAUGGAGGUGGGGUCUGCUUGAUUUCGAAACAAUAGAGCAUCUUGCAGAGACUGGGCCAUUUGCCGGUGAAAGGGAAACAACUGGUGUCGCCAAACCAGGUGAUGGUGAUGUGGACAGUAAACUUUUGCCACUCGUGGGGCCCGCCGGAGAAGAGGGCGAGGAGUCGUUUUCCACUUCUCUUCCGAUUGAGGAAAACAUUUACACUCUAAAAGCUGUGAAAGAAAUGGACGAAUUAACUGCUUCAGUUAGUGAGAGCGUGUUUAUGGGAUUUCCCACCAUUGAUGUUGCCCCUGCCGCACAAAAGGUUAAGCAAGGUCGGUACGCGGACGUUUCGGAGCGUGAACUUCGGCUACUAGAGCGAUAUGAGGAAACCAAGUAUACCGUAAAGGUACCGCCGGGGGAAGCCACAACACUCGACACGCCUGGAAUCGGUAGUGGCACUGGAGUUUCUGGCACAACGUCUGUGAAGUUGAAGUAUGACACUGAACUGGGGGUUGAUAAGGCAAGUGCGGUGAAUAACAGUCGCGUUAUGGAAGGAAAUGCUGUUCCUUCAUCGUCCUCGUCUUCACGUACCGAACGCAUGUUGGUGGUGCCGCACCUGGAUGUAACCGAGUCAGUGAUGGAUCGUGCGUUCUGCCCUUCUAAUCGAUUUCUGUACGCUCUCACUAAGUACGACGACGGUCUCCGCAGUUCGUUUGAAGGAAUGGAGCGUAUCAAACGUCGUGCGCUGUUAGACCCCGUCUUUCAAGCUGCUGUGGAGGAGGCGCAUCUAUGGGAAGAUCUGUCCACGCAAGGUCAUGAGGAGGAAAGUUCCGUCGGUGCGAAAGGGAAGAUAAUUCCGCGCAACCAACGGCACUUGCGUCACGGAGGCGUCAGAUCCCCGAUUCUCGGCGGACCACUUGCGAAGAAACACCACGCUGCUGAUAUACCGUAUUUCUACGGAAGCAUCCGGAGUUUUGUACCCCCGCACGGCCGUUUCAACGUACCAGCUCCACGCGUUUCUGGAAGAGGAGGAUCACGUCCUCGGAGAGUGUCGGUGAAACCGCGGAUGCGUUACAGCCAGUAG